AUGCCCGUUGACCGAACACAGAGCGUAUCUAGUCCGGAUGUCCCAGCAGACAUUCCCACUCUGCUAGGCCCAUCUGAGGAUUCUGUGUUGUCGGAGGAUAACCGAAAACCCGUAAUCAAUAGAAACGUCCCUGACAAGGUCCUGUACAGUUAUAUAAGACAAAGCACGCGGAACAAGGAUCCUAUCCCCCUACUGCGAACUGCCGAAGGUGCCGAAAUCUCAGAGGGCAAGGCUAAAGCUGACCAUCUCUCUCAGUUCUUCCGGUGCGUCGAGACGACUGAACCCGGUUUUCCAGCCCACAUUUAUGAAGAGGAUUUGAUUCCAUUUAUUGAUACAGUCCUCUCCACUGAAGUUUAA